AUGUGCAAGGGACAUUAUGAAUGUUUACUGGAGUUUUACAGACACGCGUAUGACAGUCACAAUCUUUUUGGCCAUUAUUCAAACUGCGAGUCUAAUCAGAUUUUUGUCAAUAACCGAAUUGAGAAAAUGAAAUGGAUAUCUCUUCUUGGACAGGAAUACUCUUCUGGAUCUUAUUUCCGUGCCUAUUAUCUUGAGAAUAACAGUGAAGAUAAAGCAUCGUUUCCUGGCUGUAUACUGUAUUUAUUUCAACAUUUGAUAACCAUCAACGAAACUGUCAUCACCCAUACUUUUGCGUUUGUUGAGUGGUACUCUAGUUAUUCUUUGGGAAGUUACCAGCCAAUGUUAAAUGAAGGAAUUGAGCUCUGA